UUUGCAAUGUGUUGAAUAAUCCCAAGGAUUGCUGCAGACUCAGUCAGUAUUCUGAGACUGGCGUCUGCUCCUUCACUGGUCAGGGCUGGAGCUGAACACUUGGAGGGAUUGCUGUUGUUACUCUCAGUUCCCGUUAUUUUCCCCAGGCAGCCCCUACACGUGGACUGGCAACCGGAGACUCGAUCGGUGGGUUCAGGCUGUUCCUGCUCUUCACCAGUUCCUCUCUCUCUCUCUCUCUGUCUCUCCUGGAGAAUCAGAAACAACAUGAACUGUCCAGCAAGCUAUUUACUCCUGCUCAGUUUCUGCACCGCCUCCGCAUUGGUGAUCCAUCCAGACUGUGAGCUGAUGUUGGAGAUCCAGCUGGCUGAGGAGAUAUGUCAGUCUGAACGAGCAGCAGUCCAGACAGACUGGGAACCUGGAUGUGACUUCAUGUGGGACAAUGUAUCCUGCUGGCCAGCUGCAGUUAUUGGUGUCACUGUGGUACUUCCUUGCCCCAAGCUUCUGUUGCCAUAUGGAGAUAAACCAGGGAAUGUGAGCAGGGAUUGCACCGAUGAAGGUUGGACUGAGAUGCUGCAGUCUUACACAGAGGCAUGCGGAAUCAACAUGAGCAACAUAGAGGACGAUGUUGAGGGACUAUUUCUGCAGGCUGUGAAGAUAAGCUACACAGUUGGCCACAGUCUGUCUCUCCUGUUCCUCAGUGUGGCACUGAUCAUUCUGUGUUUCUUCAGAAAGCUCCACUGCACCAGGAACUAUAUCCACAUGAACCUGUUUGUCUCCUUCAUUAUGAGAGCCAUUGCUGUGUUUGUUAAGGAUGUGGUGCUGUUUGGCACUGACUUGGACCAAUGCACCCUAUCUACGCCAUCCUGCAAAGCUGCAAUUGUGUUCUUCCAGUUUAGUAUCACAGCAAACUUCUUCUGGCUAUUGGCAGAAGGCAUAUACCUACACACCCUCAUCGUGGUCUUCUUCACUGAGAGGGAGUAUUUCUGGUGGUACAUCAUGAUGGCCUGGGGUGCUCCACUGCUGAUUACUGUCAGUUGGACGCUUGCGAUGCUGCACCAUGAUAAUAUUGGGUGCUGGGAUUCAAUUGACUCUCCAUAUUUUUGGAUUAUUAAGGCUCCAAUUUCUCUGACUAUUUUGGUGAACUUCAUCCUGUUCAUCUCCAUCAUCCAGAUCCUCAUCCAGAAAGUGUAUUCAUCGGACAACAGAGGAAGCGAGUACAGGCAGUACCUGAGACUGGCAAAGUCCACCUUAUUGCUCAUCCCACUGUUUGGGGUAAACUACAUUAUCUUUGUCUUUGUUCCUGACCAUCUGAAUGUCUACUUCCGCUUGGUGUUUGACCUCGUUCUGGGAUCCUUCCAGGGUUUCAUUGUUGCAAUCCUCUACUGUUUUUUGAAUGGAGAGGUACAAAUGGAGCUAGGCCGAAAAUGGCGGCGAUGGUGCACUCAGUGGUAUCUCUCAGCUGACUCAAGGUACUGUCCCCCUUCCAUGGAGAGUCACACCACAAAAGAAGGCACACAGCUCUCCAUGGUGUCCUGUUACAACUCCCAAGUCCAAGCUACCAACAGCGACCAAGCUGAGUCGACCAUCGCCUGAGAAUAUUGAGGUGAAAGGACAGUUGGAUUUUUGUGCUAAGGGUAAUCUGAAUAUUUCAGUUCAAGGGCCAAUUAUCCAAGUGCUCAUUAUUGGUGGUAAUCUUGCUUUUCACAAGCAUCAUAAAAUUGGACAAAAUAAAAGCACCUAUCUUCAUUAAUAUGUAUGGUUGCUAAGUACAGCACUCCACCAAGCUAUCAACAGUCAGAAAAUCACCUCUUCAGUGUUAAACAAAGAAUAAUUUAUAUGAUUUAGUAUUUUUAUUUCAUCAAUAUCUUGAUGUGCUGGAGAUAAUAAUUUGGCUUUACACUCAUCAAGAAAUAGCUGCAAUAUCAGCCGAUAAAUAUAGAGUAGGCUUGUGUGAGGGUUCUCAGACCACAGUUAGUCCUGUAUUAAAACAGGAACAAGAACGUUACAGAAACAUUGGAUAUUCCACUUCUAAAAUGAAUCCUCACGUUGUCCCUAUUCCUUAUGAAACCAUCAUCCCUUGCUGCCAAUGGCCUGCUGCUCUCCAGUCUUGCAUACAAGGGUCAUUCUUUAUAUGUGACUCCAAACUUCACAACAACUUAUUGUGUAGGAAGUGCUCUGUGAUAUUUUAGGGAGGUGAUAGGAUGUGAUGCCGAUGCAGACAUGGCCCAAGCUUAUUUCACAAAACCAAAGGGGGAGUGAAGGUCUACAGUUGUUUUCGAUUCAUUCGUGGGAUGUGGCAUCUCUGACUAGGACAGCAUUUAUUGUUUAGUCCUAACAGCUUCAAGAAGGCACUGAGCUACCUCAGAGUCAUAGAGCCAUUGAGAUGUUCAGCACAGAAACAGACCCUUUGGUCCAGCUCGUCCAUGCCAAGCAAAUAUCCUCAAUUAAUCAAGUCCCAUUUGCCAGCAUUUGGUCCAUAUCUAUCUAAACCCUUCCUAUUCAUGUACCCAUCCAGAGGCCUUCUAAAUGUUAUAAUUGUACCAGCCUCCAUCACUUCCUCUGGCAGCUCACUCCAUACAUUCAU